CAUGGCCUCAGAGUUCUACUGCGAUACUUGUGAGGAAAUGAGGUACCUAGAAGAGCCUACUUACUAUUGUGAAGAAUGCCACUACGUUGCUCAUGUUCAUUGCCUUCUCGCUGAGAUAUUCCCUAUGCUAGGAGCAUACAAAUUUGGGGAGACAAAAUUGGACAUGUCCACUAGUAGUAAGGCUUUGACGAUAGAAGAGAUGGUGGAGGAAGAAGAGGGAGUUGAUGAACAGGAAGUUGACAUGGCAACUAGUUCAUCUAGAAAGGCUUUUCCAAGUGUUUCCACAGACAAUUCUUCGAUGGUAGCGAGCAAAAAAAUGCUAGGGGCAAGAGUUGAUGGAGAUUCUUUUCUCAUUGAACUAGAUAAAGAGAUUGUUGAGCUUCGCUCAAAAGCGGAGUGGCUAGCCAAAAAAUUAAAGGCAACAAAAGAGAAGAACAAAACAAGUAGAGGAGAGGAGUGCUGAGCAUAUUGCGUCUUCAUUGCCCAAUUCUGAGGAUAGUGAGUGAGUGACAACAAUGUUUAGUGAAGCACUGAUUUGGAGCAAACCAAAUCAGCACUGAUUUGCGUCACCACUGGUUUAGUGAGCAAACCAUCACUACUUAGAUGACCAUUUAUCGAGCAUGUCUACUUGGAUGCACUAUAGUUAAGGGACAAAAAUAACUCAUGUUGUGUUUCAA